AUGGUAGCUCAGAGUGAAAUGAGCACAACAGUGAAGAUGGAAUGUACUGAAGGAAGACAGGCGCUAUUUCAAAUGGAACACUGCAUCAAAGAUACCGUUGAUUUUCUUUCGAAACACAUACUCUUCUUACUCACGAAAAAGGGUUCAGCGAAACAGCCGCAUGAGAUAUUCAAAAGCAAAUGGAAUUAUGUGGCUAUCGCUCUCGUAAUACUCGCAGUUAUCCUUGACAUUGCAUUAAUGUUGAGUAGGCGACUACAGUCUGCUACUCCAUUUAACGCGAUUAUUGCUGGAUUAGUAGUGAGCGAAAAUUCCUAUUGUCUUUAA